GUGAUGCGGUACUUCCACGCCAUCCUGACGACAUUCCGCGCUGCUGCUGCUGCUUCUUCUUCUUCUUCCCAUCUCUUCCGAGGGCUCCCAUCUCUUCUCUUUCUCUACUUAGCUUUUUUUUCGCCGAAUCGGAGGAGAUCAAGAUCAAAUCCCGCGAAAAAGGUAAUCGGAACAUGACCUAGUUUUGGAGGUAGGUAAGGCUUGGUGGAUUUAGAUCUAAGUCCUUCAACUUUUCUUUUUCGAAAAAAGAUCAAGAAGAUAGCUUUAAGGCCCGGUCUGUAUGGCGCCGGAAUUGAUCUCGAAGAGGCCCUUUUCUUUGAUCUUUCCCUUCUUUUUGCUUCUGAUUACCCGCCCUUCCAAUGGCUUCUAUCUCCCUGGGAGUUAUAUGCACACCUACUCUCAAGGUGAAUCUAUCCCAGUCAAAGUGAAUUCACUCACCUCUAUUGAGACGGAGCUACCAUUUAGCUACUAUAGUCUUCCCUAUUGCCCACCCUCGGGUGGUAUCAAGAAGAGUGCAGAGAAUCUGGGAGAGCUGCUCAUGGGGGAUCAGAUCGACAACUCUCCGUACAGGUUCCGUGUGAAUAUCAACGAAUCACUUUAUCUUUGCACGACAAAGCCAUUAAAUGAGCAUGAGGUGAAGCUGUUGAAGCAAAGAUCUCGUGAUCUCUAUCAGGUGAACAUGAUUCUCGACAACUUGCCUGUAAUGAGGUUCACUCAACAAAAUGGUCUCACCAUUCAGUGGACUGGUUUUCCGGUUGGAUACACCCCCAUUGGAAGCAAUGAUGACUAUAUCAUCAAUCACCUCAAGUUUAAGGUCUUGGUCCAUGAGUAUGAAGGGAGUGGUGUAGAAAUCAUUAGCACAGGGGAAGAGGGGAUGGGGGUGUUCUCAGAGACUGAUAAGAAGAAGAUGUCUGGUUAUGAGAUAGUUGGGUUCGAAGUAAUUCCAUGCAGCGUUAAGCGUGACCCAGAAACCAUGUCCAAGCAUAACAUGUAUGACAAAAUUGAUUCUGUGAAUUGCCCCCUGGAGCUCGACAAGUGUCAGAUGAUCAAGGAGCAGGAGAGGAUCACAUUCACCUAUGAAGUAGAGUUUGUGAAGAGCGACAUUAGAUGGCCCUCACGGUGGGAUGCCUAUUUGAAGAUGGAAGGUGCCAAGGUCCAUUGGUUCUCGAUCAUGAACUCCUUGAUGGUAAUCUUCUUUUUGGCUGGAAUAGUGUUUGUUAUUUUCUUGAGAACUGUUCGAAGGGACUUGACGAGGUACGAGGAAUUGGAUAAAGAGGCCCAGGUUCAGAUGAAUGAGGAGCUCUCAGGCUGGAAACUUGUUGUGGGUGAUGUGUUUAGAGAGCCAACUUGCUCUAAACUGCUUUGUGUAAUGGUUGGAGAUGGUGUUCAGAUUACAUGUAUGGCAGUGGUGACAAUUGUGUUUGCUGCUCUGGGGUUCAUGUCUCCUGCAUCACGGGGCAUGCUCUUGACAGGGAUGAUACUCCUUUAUCUCUUCCUUGGUAUUUUUGCUGGGUAUGUUGGUGUCCGGCUAUGGAGUACCAUUAAAGGUGGGUCUGAAGGUUGGAGGCCAGUUGCUUGGUCAAUUGCAUGCUUCUUUCCUGGGAUCGUGUUUAUGAUUCUCACCUUCCUAAACUUUUUGCUCUGGUGGAACAAGAGCACAGGGGCUCUCCCAAUCUCAUUGUACUUCACUCUUCUAUCUCUGUGGUUUUGCAUCUCAGUGCCCCUCACUCUUUUAGGGGGUUUCUUAGGUACCCGAGCUGAACCCAUACAAUUCCCAGUCAGGACCAACCAAAUUCCAAGGGAAAUUCCAGCAAGGAAAUACCCUUCAUGGUUGCUUGUUCUUGGUGCUGGAACCCUUCCUUUUGGGACCCUCUUCAUUGAGUUAUUCUUUAUCCUCUCCAGCAUCUGGCUUGGGAGGUUCUAUUAUGUGUUUGGAUUUCUACUCAUCGUCCUCCUAUUGCUUGUUAUUGUCUGUGCCGAAGUGUCUGUGGUUCUGACUUACAUGCAUCUCUGUGUGGAAGACUGGAGGUGGUGGUGGAAAGCAUUCUUUGCUUCUGGUUCGGUCGCUCUUUAUGUGUUCCUGUACUCCAUCAACUACUUGGUGUUUGAUCUUAAGAGCUUAAGUGGGCCUGUGUCAGCUAUGCUCUACCUGGGGUAUUCACUUAUCAUGGCUGUUGCUAUCAUGCUAUCUACUGGCACCAUUGGCUUCCUGGUGUCGUUCUACUUUGUUCACUACCUCUUCUCAUCUGUGAAGAUUGACUAGAGGAUAGCUUCUUUAAGGUGCAAUAGUUCCUUGCAUUCAAUUAAGAUGUUUCUGGAUGGAUUUUGGAUCUAUAUCACUCAGUAUUCCGUAUACGUUGGAGAUGUUUAUACUGAUCACCAGGUGCAAUGAAGGCCCUAUUCUAUGGAGGGGAAUCUCAGUGACCUACAGCAUUAGAUGAUUAACUGGUUUACUUUAAAUUUUUUAACAUGAUGUCCUCCAAGACGCUCUUUUCAAUGCUUUUAAGCUUAUUUUAGGCUACAUGGUAACUUUUCCUUUCUUUUAUUUCAAUUUUUCACUCAUGUUAUUGAGACUAUUAAUGUGGAUCACCUGUUCUUGCAAAUAUUAGCAGUUUCCUUCUAUGAUGUCGAUUAAUUCUGGAAAAGAGUGGUUUGUGGUUCUUAUA